AUGGCGGUGGUUCGAGUGAUCAACGAUGGAUAUGAAACACCUUCAUUAGAGGACAGAACUGACUUCUCUGAUCUAGCCAAUGCAAAAAUUCAGUUAGAACAUUCCUGGAAUCGUCGGAGAAUGUCAGAAACUAAUGUUGGUGGGCCGUUACUUCUGUCUCGACCAUCGCAGAUGUCUUUUUCGCAUAAUGGUGUUUGUGAACGACGCUGGCAGAGUGAAGCAAGCACCAUAAAUAGGUAUCCUGCAGUAGAUGGAAGCAACAUUGAUGAUGAACUCAGUGAAGGUGUUCUGACGCGCAUGUGGUCGGUGCAUGGAUUCGGUCAAGCAUGGCAUUGGCUUCGUGAGAAGAAAAGAGCUCAGUGUACUCCGUUAAAUGUGCAUCUCACCUAUAUAACUCUGUCUUGGACGAGUAUACUUCAAGGUAGUACUACUGAAAACUAUUGCGAUUGA